AUGCAAUCGAAAUUUUGGGCCAAGGCAAUAGAUGAAGAUAGUGGGGAUAAUGUAACAGAAUCUUCAGAGAGUGAAGUUGAGGAAAAGAAGCCAAUUGUGUCUGCACAGGCAGAAAGGUGGGCCGCUAUAGAUAGUAGCAGCUCAGAAGAAGAAGAAAGAGUUAUUAAAACGUAUGAAGGAAAAAGGCUACAUUUUUAUGAAACUACAGGAGAUAGCUUAAAUGAAAAUAUGGAUAAUAAUGAUUUUAAUCUCCUUUUAAAAGAUUAUGAAAAUUUAUAUAAAUUUAUGAUAAAAGAAAGUGCUGAUUGUAUCCCUAAUUUUGCUAUCAUAUACUUAGAUAAAUUAUCUAAGUAUGUUGAAAACACAUUCCAGAAUAAUGUAGAAAAAAAAAAUUUGAGCAAAAAUAAAGCACAAACGUUAAAUAAAUUAAGAGCCAAAAUUAGAAAAUGUAGUGAAUUUUAUCAAGAAAAAUUAAACUUAUAUAAUGAAAACCCUGACGACUUUAAAGAUGACAGAAAGAAGGAUAUGGAUGAUGAUGAUGAAGAUGAUGAAGAGGACGAUGAUGAGGAGGAGGAAGAAGAAGAAGAAGGACAACAAGAACAAGAUGAUGAUAAUGAAGAUGAAAAAGAUCAAGAUGAUGAUGGAGAUGCAAAAGAGAAAAAGAAAGUAAGUAGUAAAACAAAAUCAAAAAAAGGUAAAGAAAAGAAAGAGGAAAAAGAUGAUUAUGACGAUGAUAAUGAUGAAGACAAAGAAGAUGAAGCAGAUGACGACGAAGAUGAUGAUAGUGACGAUUGGUCUUAUAGUGAAGAUGAUAAUUAUGUUUCUGAUGAAGAAGAUGAUAAAACAAAAAGUGCUAUGAGUAAAUGGGGUUUAAAAACCAGUACAAAAGUGGAAAAGAAAAAAACAGUUAAACAGAAAAAAGUAAAAAAAGAAUCUACGAAAAAAGAAGAAAAAGCUAGUCGUGUUGUGGAAGAUGCACAAUCAGCUAAAAAUAAAGGAUAUGCAGAAUUAUUAAGUACCAAGAAUUUAACUGAAGAUGUUAUAAGGGAAAGAGUUAAAUUAGUUAUAGAGAAAAGAGGUAGAAAAGGAUUAGAUAAACAUGAACAUAUUAAUAUAUUAUCUAAAUUAUGUGAAUUAGCAAAAACUAUUAGUACACAAUCUUAUAUAGAAGUUUUAGAACAUUUAAUUAAUUUAGAAUUUGAUGUAGUAUCUAGUGUAUAUACCUAUAUGUCUUUUAAUAUAUGGAAUAAAGUAUUUAAAUAUGUAGAACUUAUUUUAGAUAUAUUAAUUCAAAAUGAAAACUUUUAUUUAGUAUCAAUAAACAUAGCAGAAGAAAUAACAGAAGAAACUACUAAUGAAAAAGAAAAAAUCAUAAAAUCAUGUAAAACACUUAUAUCAUUCUUAGCAAAAUUAGAUGAUGAAUUAUUGAAAGCUUUAUUAUAUAUAGAUGUUCAAACAGAAGAAUAUCGAAAAAGAUUAGGUAAAACAAUACAUAUGAUAGGUUUAUUAAAAAAAGGAUAUAAUUAUGUGAAAUGUAUAAAAAAUAUGCCUGAUUUAGCUAUUCACAUAUCUUCAAGAAUUUUAGAGCAUAUGUAUUAUAAACCUGAAAUAUUAUUUAAACAAAUAUGGACAUACAUUAUGAAUGGAAAAGAUAUGUCAUCAGAUUCAUUGAAUAAUUCAAAUACUGUUGCAGCAAAGGAAGAUGGACAAGGGAAAAAAAAAAAAAGAAUUGAAAAUGAAUUGUUUGAUGAAAAUUUAAUUAAUAAUGAUAGUAUUAAUCCACCUAAAAUUAUUGAAGAGUAUGUAUAUGAAAUAUUUGAGUUUGGAACGAAACAACAAAAGGUAAAAGCUUUAUUACAAUUAUCUUAUAAUAAAAGUUUAUAUGAUCAAUAUUUGGAAGCCAAAGAAUUAUUAAAUGUAGCUAAUGUACAUGAAUUAGCUAUGAAUUCAGAUAUUCAAACCCAAAUAUUAUAUAAUCGUAAUUUAAUACAAUUAGGAUUAUGUGCAUUUAGACAUGGAAAAAUAUAUGAAGCUCAUUGUUGCUUAAUGGAAAUUUGUUCACAAAAUAAACAUAAGGAAUUAAUAGCUCAAGGUAUAUCAAAUUUAAAAAAUCAAGAAAAAACACUAGAACAAGAAAGAGCAGAAAAAAGACGAUUAUUAUCAUAUCAUAUGCAUAUAUCAAUAGAAUUAAUAGAAUGUGUAAAUAAUAUAUGUGCCAUGUUAUUAGAAGUACCAAAUUUAGCAAAAAAUACAUAUGAAUCAAAAAAAGAUAUUAUAUCAAGACAAUUUAGAAGAUUUCUAGAUAUAUAUGAUAAACAAAUAUUUAAUAAUCCUCCUGAAAAUAAUAAAGAAAUUAUUAUAUUAGCAACAAAACAUUUACAAAAAGGUAAUUGGAAAUUAUGUUGUGAAAAAAUUUUUAGUUUAUCAAUCUGGCCAAAAUUCCCAGAUAAAGAAAAAGUACAAAAUAUACUUAAAGAAAAAAUUAAACAAGAAGCUAUGAGAACAUAUAUAUUUAGAUAUAUAUCAAUAUAUGAAUCAUUUUCUAUUGAUCAAUUAUGUGUUAUGUUUGAUUUAAAUCAAAAUGUUGUACAUUCCAUAUUAAGUAAAAUGAUGAUAAAUCAAGAAAUACCAGCUUUCUGGAAUGAAAGUAGUAAAUUUAUACUUAUUAGUAAAGUUAAUCCAACUACCCUACAAAAUAUGGCUCUUAAGUUAGCUGAAAAUGUAAAUGAAGUAAUGGAGCAAAACGAGUUGGCCCUAAACAUGAAAAAUCCAAAAUUUAUGUUUAUGCAAGAGAGAAGAACACAAAUGAAAGAGGAAAAAUCAAAUUGGACGCAAAAAAAAGGAGAUCAAAAAUAUCAAAAAAAUUAUAACCAAAAGAAAAAUGCACAUUAUAAAAAAAAUUACAAAGAUAAUAACGCAAAUAAAAAUUACAAAAAAAAUUAA